GACGCAGUCGCCCACCCGAGCUUAGCGAGAGACGGGAGGCCGAAUUUGAUAUUGCCUUAAUUUGGUUUCUCGCCUGAGAAAUACAUUUCCGCUGUUCUAGUCACCCGUGUGCUGUUUUUUUUCCUCAACAUGGCGGUGGUCAUCCGUUUACAGGGACUCAGAAUCACAGCAGGUUCUGAGGAUAUUCGCAAUUUCUUCACUGGCCUCAAAAUUCCAGAUGGUGGGGUGCACAUUAUUGGUGGGAAACGAGAGGAGGCUUUCAUUAUUUUUGCUUCGGAUGAAGAUGCAAGAAGAGCCAUGACUCGAUCAGGGGGUUGCAUUAAGGGUUCCCCUGUUAACUUGCUGCUAAGCAGUAAAUCGGAAAUGCAGAGUAUUCUUGAGGAAAGUACAAAAAAUGCUGAACAAGCUCAAAAGAGGUCAAUUAAGGAAAGCUCAAGACUGGAAAUGGAUGAUCCAGUAGGAGUUAGAAGAACAAGCCACCCUGAAGAAGGUAGAAGAUCAGGUAGCAGGUCAGGUUAUUCUCCUCUGCGCCCCCGGAGGGCUGCAACAACUGGUAAUGAUGACUUGUACUUGUUUUUGAAGGGAAUGCCUUUUUCCGUGACUGAAAAGGAGGUCAGUCAGUUUUUUCAUGGUUUACUUUGUGAUGAUAUUAUCUUGAUGAAAAACUCUCGUGGACAAAACAAUGGGCUAGGUCUGGUCAAAUUUGCAACACGACAGGAUGCAAGAGAAGGAAUGAAGAGAGAUAGGGGACACAUUGGGUCAAGGUUUGUGGAAGUGUACACAGCGACAGAAGAACAGUGGCGUGAGGCAGGUGGUACUGUGGUAAUGGGUGUCAACAGUAACGGCAGGUUUAGAAGAGGGAAGUCUCCAGUUCAUGCUCAGAGGUUUCAACAUCAACCAAGGUCACGGUCACCUAUUGGUCAACGGUCCAACUCUCCUUCCGGAGAGGAGUUCUGCAUUUUGCUGGAAAAUCUAUCCUACUCGGUGGAUAAAAGGAACAUCAAGGAACUUUUCCGUCAUGCAAGACUACAGGACGAUCAGAUUCUUUACCUACUUGACAGUGAGGGGAGAAGAACAAGAUCUGCAUUUGUGUUGUUCAAGAGUCUGAGGGACUACUGUGCUGCCCUAAGUCAUCAUAAGGAGGAGUUUCUCAACCGAUUUGUGUACAUCUCCCCCAUAUCGAGAGAGAAAAUGAUCUCCAUUCUGGAAUCUCCCAACAUGAGGGAGGAAAUUUCUGAGAGGUCUAAUCAGUUCCAAGAGAGGCCUUCCUUUCAGCAAGGGGGUCCUUUUGACUCAGAGAAGGUUUGUCUCUAUGUGCGGAAUAUGCCGUUUGAUGUGCGUAAAGUUGAGAUUAUGGACUUCUUCCUUGGGUUUAAUAUCACGGAGGACAAUGUAGUCUUGCUGCGUGACCACAAAGGUGCUGGUCUUGGAGAGGCUGUGGUUGUCUUUCAGUCUGAGGGAGAGGCUGUGAAUGCACAAUCUCUGAAUGGGCAAAGGUUUCUUGGGUCUGAAGUCAUGUUGAAAUGCAUUUCACGGUCUCAGAUGCGGGAGUUUGGUGUUGAGCCUCCAGUGAUGCAAGAGCUAAGGGAGGAGAGGGGCUCAGCCAGGAACAGUGAGGCAUCCCAUCAUCCUAGUGACAUGGAAUACCCCGAUGUAAGAGGCACCCCUGAUAGUAAUAUGCCAAUGGCUAAUCUACAGGUUCAUAUUCAAGGAGGUGGCAAUAAUGAUUCUUAUGCAGGAGGCUCCUAUACUCCUCAAAACAGAAACGAUGGAUCGAUUCAUGGUGGUUUUGGGCCCCCUGCCCAGCGUUUUGAUGGCCCUACCUGUCUAAAGUUAGUUAACCUACCGUCACAAAUCAAAAUUGAUGAAAUCUAUGAUUUUUGCUAUGGAUAUCGUGUUAUCCCUGGAUCUGUCUCACUGCAGUAUGACAGAAAUGGAAUGCCUAAAGGCUCUGCCACAGUAGUGUUUGAAUCCCGCCAGGAGGCAUUAACUGCUGUUAAGGAACUGAGUGGGAGACCGAUAGGUUCAAGAAAAAUACAACUGGUUUUUGUGUGAAAAAGUUCCCUGUGAUGGCAUCUAACAUGAAUAGAUUCUGACAUUGGCUUUCAACUUGUAAAAAAAAGGUUUCAGAAAAACUGGUUGAUCAAGGCAAGUGAAUUACCUUCAUUUAUUUCCUCUCCAUUUGUGGAUUGACUUAAAAAGUAUAACUAAAUGGUGAUUUUUUUUUCCUUGAACUAAAAUUUGUGUUGAUGUGAUAAGGUAAAAUAGUUAAUUGGGUAGACAGUUUUAUGCUGUAGCUUAGUUGUUUUUCGGUGGAAUAUUUGGUUGCCAAUCUUGGAAUGUCAAGAUUUCGUUUAUUUUGCGCCAUGGUAUUGUAUAUAAAUAUUGUUUGGUCAGUAUGUGUUUAUUGUUGUGUAAGUGAAAUUCUGAUAUAAAAAAUGCAUAGUUUAGUCUUGGCCCAUGUUUUCAUGUUUAUCAUUAAAAAUCUAAAUUAACCUUAUCCCUCCAUGUUUUAUGAAAAGAGGACAAUUCACGAGAUUUAUUGUGAUUACUUGUAAGUUAACAUAGCGAGGUUUUUUUUUUUUACUUAAAGCUACUUUUAUUACUGAUAAUAAUGGUGAUAUUUCUAAUUGCUUUUUCUGUUUAUUGCUCAAAAAUCAAGUUAUUAAUUUGCUAUUGAGGAGUUGUUAGUGCUGUUGUCAGCUUCUUCCACACCUGAAUAAAAGUACAAUUCAACCCCAAUAUUAGGUAUUGAUGGUAUGGUACCUAUUAAUAAAAGUCUAUG